GCAAGAAACUAUUUCACCGUUCUGGUUUCCCUCCAAUAAAAAACGGUAAAGCCAACGGUAACACCUGCUGCAAUGACUAAACUGUCCUCGACAAGUAUCUCGUAGAAAAAGCAGAGAAGAGAAGUAUCUCAGAACUGGAUAGUGUUUUUUCAUAUUUCAUUUCUUCAUCUUUUGUUCUGCUCUUUUACUUCAAAACUCUAUCCCCAAAUCCUCCCACCUCAGUAAAUCAGGUUCGCCCGGUGCCGGAACCAACAAAGUUAUUACGGCCCAGAAACUCCAAGUCCUCCAUUUCUGCCGUUCCCUCCUUCCCUGAAGCGCUGGUAUCCCGGAUUGUCUUUGAUGUUGAAGCAUAAUUUUCUGUGCAGUUGUGGAGUGGCGUACAGCAUGUCCAUGUUCCUGUACAACUGCCAAUCGUUAUAUUUAACGGAAGAAAUAGGUCCAGCAAAGUUGCUGCCACCGCAGUUUCUAACCUCUCGACUAACUCUGCUCCAGGAAUCGAGUUAUCGUCAUCUGAAUCUCGUUCUUCAUUCCCAAUCUUUGAUAACCCUUCAGAACCAGAAUCCACUCCUGCUUCUGGGGUAAGAAAAGCUAAUACUUGAAAAUCGCUGCACCGUUGGUGGAAUGCCUUCUCUUUUGUAUGGUUUGGAGCAGCAUUUAACUCAGAUAUUUCAAUUAGUUUCUACUGUAUGCAUAUAUUUCACAAGUUAGUAACAAAACAAGAAGACUCUUGCUGAGGAAUUGAAACUACGAUUGAGAGAUCGUGUGAGAUUUUGUUGUCUCAUUUGUUUUUCUACCCAUUCUUUGAUGAAUCAACACCCUGCUCUAUGACAAUAUGCAGAAUCUGUAAUUACUGCAGUAUCAUUUCCUCAUUUAUGUCUAUAUUCAGUUUUGGUUCCACUGUGCUGGAUUUAAAUUAGUUUUUGUCAUUUGUAAAUAUUACCACGGAGAACGAUCUCUCAUUUAUCUCCAUAUUUCAGCUGCCUGUUCAUUUUGUUUGAUCAGUUUUCUCUACAGCUAUGAAAUUGAUUUCCUCUCGAUGUUAGCUCUUAAAAUAUACCUCUAUUGUGUGUUAACAGUUAGAACUAGCAGACCCUGACUUUUAUAAAAUAGGAUACGUCAGAAGUGUUCGAGCAUAUGGGAUUGAAUUCAGGGAAGGUCCUGAUGGUUUUGGAGUUUAUGCUUCCAAAGACAUUCAGGCUCUCCGACGAGCUAGGGUGAUUAUGGAAAUUCCUUUAGAAUUGAUGUUAACUAUAAGCAGAAAGAAACCAUGGAUGUUUUUUCCAGACAUCAUACCAAUUGGUCAUCCUAUUUUUGACAUUAUUAAUUCAACCAAUCCUGAGACAGACUGGGACCUGAGGUUGGCUUGUCUUCUUUUAUAUGCAUUUGAUGUUAAGGAUAACUUUUGGACACUUUAUGGUGACUUCUUACCAGGCCCUGAUGAAUGCACCAGCUUACUUCUGGCAACUGAGGAGGAUCUUCUGGAGAUGCAAGAUCAACAUCUUGCUUCCACAAUGAUGCAGCAGCAACAACGUGCAUUAGAAUUUUGGGAAAAGAAUUGGCAUUCUGCUGUUCCCCUCAAAGUAAAGCGACUUGCUCGUGAGCCUGAGAGAUUCAUUUGGGCAGUGAGUAUGGCGCAGUCUCGAUGCAUCAACAUGGAAACAAGAAUCGGUUCUUUGACUCAAGAUUCAAACCUGCUAGUUCCUUAUGCUGAUAUGCUGAACCAUUCCUUCCAACCAAAUUGCUUUUUCCAUUGGCGGUUCAAAGAUCGCAUGCUUGAGGUGAUGAUUAAUGCUGGGCAAGCAGUCAAAAAGGGAGAAGAAAUGACCAUCAAUUACUUGAGCCAAUCAAGGAACAAUUCUUAUAUGCAAAGAUAUGGUUUUUCAUCUCCUGUGAAUCCUUGGGAUGUCAUCCAUUUCUCUGGAAGUGCAAAGAUUCACUUGGAUUCUUUCUUGUCAGUUUUUAGCAUAUCUGGCCUUCCUGAUGAGUACUACCACAACAGUCAGCUGUCAACUGAUACAGAAAACUUCGUUGAUGGAGCUGUCUUAGCAGCAGCUAGAACAUUACCCACUUGGACUGAUGGAGAUGUCCCCCCAAUACCGAGUAUAGAGCGCAAGGCUGCAAAGGAGUUACAAGAUGAAUGCCAGCAAAUGCUUGCGCAGUUCCCCACAAAUGCCCGGCAAGAUCAGCAGAUUCUAGACAAUCUGCCGGAAGAUAGAAGGCCGACCUUGGAAGCUGCAAUAAAGUAUAGGUUAAACAGAAAAUUGUUCCUAGAGAAGGUUAUCCAGACACUAGAAAUCUAUCAAGAGGGGAUCUUGUUCUAGCAUUGGUCAACUUGAAGAAGUGAAGGUGUUCCACAUCUACAGAGUUCUACAUUGAAGCUAAGCAGGAAAUUGUAGAAUCCUGGUGACAAGCUCAUAGUUAAGGUUUUUUUCUUCUUUUUCUUUUUUUUUUCCGGGUUUGUACUAUGAUGAGAUAACAGCCUCGUUAGUUUUAGAACCCUUAGCAAAUCAUAGAGCACGGAUCUUAGAGACUCACACUACCGAUUGGCAGAAUCCAUUUUCCUUCCCAAGAGCUUGAUCUUGGUAAUCGGAGUAUUAGAACGGCCUUGGGAAUAGAUGGAUGGAGUGAAUUUUGUAACCUUUAAUUAAGAAAUCCACAUCUCAAAUGAACUUUUGGUGCAAUUGCCUCAAGAAAUAGAAACCAUGGCUCCUACGUAACAAUUAUAACACGCAUGGG